AUGGCUUGCUCGCCAGAAGAAAUAGAAAGAAAGCGAUGUGAAGCCCUGGAGCGUCGUAAUGCUCGACUGUCAACAGUAGCUGGAAUUAAUCAGCAGCCCUCAACAUCAAAGCCCUUACAACCCUUGAAUUCUGGACUUGGACUGAAUAGAUCACUGUCAUCAGGUAGCCAAAGCACGCUUGGCAGUUUCUUAAACAAAUCUCACGAGAACCUCGAUCUCAAACGCAAGACCAAUUCGUACCCGCAGUCAGAGCCUCCGUCAAAGUUGAUUAAGCAGAUAAACAACACCAGCAUUGGACUAGUAAACAACAAAAUAUCUCCGAUCAACCCGACUAAAUUUUUCCACCAAGAACAACAGAUCAAGGGUACGGUGUCCAUGGUGAGCUUGACGAGGUUCGAGGUGGAUAUAAAAUAUUGUGAGCCUUUUAUUAAGUACUGCAAAACUUUAAAAACUAGCAUGUACGACCAGAAGAGUAAGCUCUGGUCUUUCGAUAUCACCGAGUAUAAAGAUUUUAUGAAUGGCUUGAAAAACGUACCAAUGGUAGAAAUAACUCCGCUUCCUCAGUACGUCUACCGAGUGUUCAAAGAGAACGCCAACCCAAAGCCUCAGAAAGCAGAGCCAGACUUAUCGCGCAUUGACCCUAAACUGAUGGAGACGCUGAUGCCUUUUCAGAGGGAAGGAAUUCUCUUUGGGAUCAACAAAAACGGCCGUUGCAUGAUUGCUGACGAUAUGGGUCUUGGAAAAACCAUCCAGGCUUUGGGAAUUGCUCAUUAUUAUGAAGCAGACUGGCCUUUACUUAUCAUCGCGCCUUCGUCACUUACGCACCAGUGGUUCCAAAGUAUUCUAGAGUUUUUACCCUCAGUACUUGUACAUGAAAUAGUUAUUUAUACAAGCAAGCUUUAUUUAGAUAAUAAUAAGGUUACUAUUACUUCUUAUGAUUUACUUGUGAAGAAUAUUGGUGUUUUUUCUGGCAAAAGAUUUGGUACUAUUAUUGUGGAUGAAUCACACACGAUUAAAACAUUGACAGCUAAAAAAACAGAGGCGGUUAAAAAAAUGAUUGAUCAGUCAAAUCAUAUUAUUCUACUUACUGGUACACCAGCUUUGUCACGUCCCAUAGAAUUAUAUUCUCAAAUUUCACUAAUUGUUCCCAAUUUUUUAACAAUGCACAAUUACGGUGUGCGUUAUUGCAAUGCAGAGCAAACUAAAUUUGGAUGGAAUUACAAAGGUUCAUCAAAGGCUACCGAAUUACAGUUAUUAUUAAAAUUAGUUUGUUGUAUAAGACGACUCAAAGCUGAUGUCCUAUCACAACUACCGUCAAAAUUGAGGCAAGUAAUAAUGUUAGACCCAAAUUUAAUUGACAAAGGAACGGAAGAAAUGAAGGAAGCUUACCAAAAAUGUUCUCAAAACAAGGGAAAUCUGCACACCACGAUAAUCCAGUGUUUCAAUGAAUCUAGCUCGCAGAGAAUAAAAGCUGUGUGUAAUUACCUCGAAGAAGUUUUGGAGAAUCAACAAAAGUUUAUCGUCUUUGCGCAUCAUAAGUGUAUACUCGAUGCUAUCACGGACUUGAUGAUAAAGAGUAAAGUUAAAUUUAUCAGAAUAGAUGGGAGUACUCGUCCAGAAGACCGCAAGGCGAUGGUCGAUCGAUUUCAGACGCAAAAAAACAUUAUGGUAGCAAUUCUGUCCAUCACUGCGGCCAACGCUGGGAUCACUUUAACUGCUGCGAAAUUGUGUAUCUUUGCAGAGCUUUACUGGAAUCCGGGAAUCCUCUGCCAAGCAGAAGACAGAAUUCAUCGGAUAGGUCAAAAUGAAUCGGUCGUUAUCAAAUAUUUGAUCGCUGAGAAAACGGUCGAUGAUCAUCUCUGGCCGUUACUACGCACCAAGCUCGAUUUUCUUAAUAAAGCUGGACUUAAUCAGGACUUUUCGCUGGAUAGUGCUGACAUUUCAAAGCAAGUUAUCAGUGAGAGUUCCGAUUCAAAACAGGGUAAAAUUGAUGAAUAUUUUAAGAUGUCCAGUUCGAAUUUUAAGACUGAUAAUGCCCUGGCGGAUAAAGUUAAUUUGAUGCUGGACGAAGACGAUGAAGAUUUGGCUAGUAUUGAUCUUGAUGCGUUUCAAUGA